CUGCAGUACGUCCUCCUCGUCUUCGGGGCUGCUGUCUCCGUCCUGCUGCAGGAGGCUUUCAGAUUCGCCUACUUCAAGCUGCUGAAGAAAGCAGACGAAGGCCUGGCGACGAUCAGCGAGGACGGCCGGUCCCCCAUCUCCCUCAGGCAGAUGGCUUACGUCUCGGGCCUCUCCUUCGGCAUCAUCCCGUUCCUCACCAUGGCCCUCGUCUUGCUCCACACUUUCUGGGGAGUGAUUUUCUUCGAUGCCUGCGAAAAACGUCGCUACUGGUGCCUGGGGCUGGUGGUUGCCAGUCACCUC